AUGAGCACAAUACAAAACCUCAAGAACUUCAUCCGCCAUGGGAAACAGGCCCGUAUGUCUGUUGCCCAUGGUGAGCCCACUACCAACGUCACAGCCGUCCACGCAGAACCUCAACGGAAACAGCAGCCGCAGUACCAGCCCGGCAUGGCGACCGGUACCCUCGAUGCCAUCGACCAGCAUCAACGCUCGAACAAGGCCGCCGCGGCCGCUACUGCAAAGAACCAGGCCAGAGCCCACGAGCAGGAGAUCGAGCAGAUCAUCGCGGAGGAGAAGCUCAACCGCUCCAAGCUGCCCACCUACCCUGGCCUGGAACGAUACAUGCUCGUUGAGAAGAUGGGCGAUGGCGCCUUCAGUAACGUCUACCGCGCGCGGUACAAGUCGGGACAGUCGGGAGAGGUUGCCAUCAAGGUCGUCAGGAAAUUCGAAAUGAGCUCCAAACAGCGAGCGAGCAUCCUGAAAGAAGUUCAAAUAAUGCGCCAACUUGACCAUCCAAACAUAGUCAAGCUGAUAGAAUUCUCGGAAUCGCCCCAAUUCUACUACAUCGUUCUCGAGCUAUGUCCCGGGGGAGAGUUGUUCCACCAGAUCGUUCGUUUGACGUACUUCAGUGAAAACCUGGCCCGCCAUGUUAUCGUGCAGGUGGCAAAAGCGAUAGAAUAUCUACACGAGGAAUCUGGUGUUGUUCAUCGUGACAUAAAACCGGAAAACUUGCUCUUCUAUCCAGCACCAUUCACUCCCACCAGAAACCCCAAGCCACCAGCUCCAGGUGAUGAAGACAAGGUUGAUGAAGGUGAAUUUAUUCCCGGUGUUGGCUCUGGUGGUAUCGGAGUGAUCAAAGUUGCAGACUUUGGCCUAUCAAAGGUCAUCUGGGAUAGUGAAACGAUGACUCCUUGCGGUACCGUCGGCUAUACAGCCCCAGAAAUCGUCAAAGAUGAGCGCUACUCUAAAUCGGUCGACAUGUGGGCGUUGGGAUGUGUGCUCUACACCCUACUAUGUGGCUUCCCUCCCUUUUACGACGAAUCCAUCCAAGCUCUGACGGAAAAGGUUGCGCGUGGACAAUACACGUUCCUUUCUCCUUGGUGGGACGACAUCUCCAAGCCCGCACAGGACUUGGUUUCACACCUCCUCACCGUUGACCCCGACAAGCGUUAUACUAUAAAAGAGUUCCUUGCACACCCUUGGAUUAGAGAAACGGACGAAGAGACCACUGCCGCCGAUGAUGCCCCACCACUUGCUACCCCUCUUGUCACUCAUAACAAGAUCCUUGAAGCGCCGCUUGCUGGCAUUGACCCCAAUGCUCGCCGCGCUGACUUCCGCUCUCCUGGCGCAAUGAACUUGCGUGAGGUCUUUGAUGUCGGUUAUGCUGUUCACAGACAAGAGGAAGAGGCCAAACGCCGCAAAGCUGGCUUUAAAGUCGGAUAUCGAGGUGCAGCCCUUGAUCCCCUCAGCGAAGUGGAGCCCGCCGAGCAACAAGAGUAUAGUGGUGAAGACUCUGAAUUACAAGGUGAAAUGCAUUACUACGACCAAGGAGGCAACCCCAUUCCAGCCAUGCCUUACAACAAGGCUCAGGGAGGCCAGCAGCGGCAACCACAUAUGGGGUAUAACCCCGACGUGGCUGCCGUCGAGAGCAAGUUACGAGGUACCAAUAUCAGUACAGGCCAGCAAGCACAGCAGAUGAGCGCAGCCGCUCAAGCCCGUCGUGCGGCUGGUGCAACUGCUGCCAGGCAACCACAACAGCGAGGCCGGCAACAAUACCAGCAAGGAGGCUAUGGCCAACACAGUGCAGCCGUAGCCGCCGCCGCUAGAGAAAACGCAGCUCGGUCCGCGCAACAGCCAUUCGAACUCAGCCUAGAUAAUGCCACAUUACUAGGAAGGAGAGGGAGGAGGAUGGCAGGACAGCCCGUAUCUUAA